AAAAGCAGCUUGUGAGCAAGACGAAUGACGAAAUUGUGACUUGGGUUGACCACCAUUCCAACACAAAACACGCCUUGAAAUUCAAGGGUGAUCCAAGAACGCAAUCGCUGAAAUUGUUUGGAACAGAUCUUGAUCAUAUCCACUUCACAUACAAAGACAUAACAGGACAAACAACUACUGGUGGAGGGACAGCGGUUGUAGUACAAAAAAAUAUAUACAUCUGUGAACCGAAAGAUAAUCCUCAAUAUAAACCUAUGGCACUAUAUGAUGUAUAUAGCAACGGUUAUCAACAAACAUCGAAAUACCAGCAGAGGGAUUCUGGAGACAAUGAAUACUUUACCGAUAUCGAAUUCGAAGUUCAGGUGUGCGAUCAAAUGAAACACAACCAAGAAUCUACAACUAAUGACAAGCCUAAGCAAAUCUAUAGAGUGGUCAGCGAACAAACUCUGAAAGAUGAAAAAGUAACCGCUGUUUCAACAGUGUCCUACGAUGGGGUCCUACGUGAUGUUGGAUGGUUCGAGACCGCUACCAAUGAGAAUCAAUACAAAUUGAAGUUAAAAACUUUCAGAUAUUAUGACUAUUCCAAGACCGGUUCAAAUCCCAGCCUGCACAAAGUCUGGCGCAGCAGCUGCCGGCCUCGCCACUACAACUACCGCUAG